CAUUGCUAUGCUCGGCGGCUCUAGACACACCAAUAGUAAUCGGUAAUAAUAGUAGUUUCUAGUGGUAACACGUCGGGAACAUACAGUGCUCGAGGUAUGUACCUGAACUGAGAGCAGAGCAACCUGAAUACCAUCGCGGACUGGGCAGUGUGAUUAUGUUGGGCACAGAAACAACAACAACUGCUGUGGAUAAAAGUUUAUCAGAACCAGAAAAGCACAGCCAGAGUAGGAGCAUUAUGGCGGAUCGGAAUGAUGUCACCGCCCUCACUGUACCUGCAACCAUCCGACGUGGAGGCUCGGACACCAACCUCAACGUGGACGUGACCGACGGCAUCCUGGAUUUCCACAAGAGUAAAAUCACCAACGACAACCUCCAGCAAAAGAUCCUGAAGAUCACAGAGUCGAUGAAGAUCGAGCAGACUGCUCGUGAUGAAAAUGUAGCUGAGUACCUGAAACUGGUCGACAGUGCAGACAAGCAGCAGGUGGCCCGUAUCAAGCAGGUGUUUGAGAAGAAGAACCAAAAGUCUGCCCAUGCCAUCUCUCAGCUGCAGAAGAAGCUAGAGCAGUACCACAAGAAAUUGAAGGAAAUUGAGCAAAAUGUGCCAUCCAAGAACUCUAAGGAUGCCUCCAAAGACAACCUGAAGGACAUACAGCAUACCCCAAAGGAUACAGGUAGCACCCAACGAACUGGCAACUCUGGGCAGGCCAGCACAGAGAAGAGCAAAACAAUAGGACCAGGUGUGUCCUUGACACCUCCCUUUUUUUUCAACAAACCUAGGGAAUUUGCCAACCUGAUCCGUAAUAGGUUUGGCAGUGCAGACAACAUAGCACAACUUAAAAACUCACUAGAUACAUUCCACCCUGAAGGAGGGAAUAGGACCCUAAGUGGCAGUGCCACUAUUGUUGCCAAGCCCAAGUAUCCCAGCGACGAUGAGUGCUCCAGUGGGACCUCUGCCUCUGCAGACAGCAACGGCAACCACUCCUUUGGCCCUGGAGGCUCCAACACGCUGGAGAGCCAGACCAAGUUUACCAAGAUCUUUGAAGACUUGCAGGAGAUGCAGGAGAUGCAAACGCAGUUAGCAGAAGAAAUUGAAAAUUUUAAAAUUCAAUUUAAGAGGGAAUAUGGAUUCAUUACACAAACCCUGCAGGAGGAAAGAUACAGGUAUGAGCGUUUGGAAGAUCAGUUAAAUGACCUGACAGAACUGCAUCAACACGAGACCACAAACCUCAAACAAGAAUUGUCCAGUAUUGAAGAAAAAGUGGCUUACCAGGCCUAUGAACGGUCCAGAGACAUUAAGGAAGUGCUGGAGUCAUGCCAGACCAAGAUCUCUAAGCUGGAGCUCCAGCAACAACAGCAGCAAGUGGUGCAGUUUGAAAACACCAACGCCAAGGUGCUGCUGGGGAAGUCCAUCAACAUCAUGCUGGCCAUUGUCACAGUGAUUCUGGUCUGCGUCUCCACCAUCGCCAAGUUCACUGCCCCCCUCAUGAAGAGCCGACUGCACGUCAUCUGCACUUUCUUUGCUGUCGCCCUCCUUGCCGUUUUCUGGAAGAACUGGGAACACUUUCAGAUUGCUAUUGAGCGAUUAUUACUACCGAACUGAAGGAAAAUACUUUAGUGAUCUGAUGCUGUUUUUGUUUUCUUUUAUCUAGUUUUAUUAAAAGUACUGUGCAUACUGUGGUAUAAUUCUCUGUGACUGGUGACAGUGAAAAUGACAGGUAGCAUUACUGUUGGUUUCCACAGUUCUGGGAGGGAUUCAACGGAACAGCUAGCCAAACGUGCAUGUUCAAAAGGUGGUUGUUUCUUUUUAUACAAAUGCCUCUGGUGACAAUGAACUGUCAAUGGCUUUUUGGUUUGGAAUCUCUUCCUGACAUGUGGCACCAUAUCGUAACACAAACUUGACUUUAUCUGUAAUACCUCGCCUAAAACAACUCAGUACAAAACUUGGUAAAAAAAAAAAAAAAGAAUAAAACUUGACAUUUUAAACAAGUAGGCAAAAUAUAAUGACAUGGUGCCUUGUUA